UGGGGACACACUGACCCCAAAUCCGUUGUAUGGAAAAUAAACGCUCAUUUAUAUGAUUAUAGAGUUGUUAUAAUGUCUCUUUUGUGCACUGUUGGGGUUCUGACUCUACUGGUGUCGGUCCAGUGUCUGACCCGAGAUCAGCUCUUUGAUUAUGGGGUCCAGUUUGGUGAUGAGAUUCUGGAGUCUGGAACUGACUCCGUUCUAGAACUCGACCUGGACCAGACUCUGUUCUUCUUCAAAGGGACGUUUGACAAAGUUUACGUCAGCACCAAUGGCUUUAUAUCACUGGCCGAACCCACAACUGAAUCGGAGUAUCUGGGGAAAAUGCCAGCCCGUUUUGGUAUGAUCGCAGCAUUCCUGGGAGACCUGGACACUAGCGAUGGGAUCGGGAAAGUCUAUUUCCGGCAGGACAGAAGCCCAGACGUGCUCCAAAGAACGGCCGAUCACAUUAGCCAGGCGUUUCCUUCUGACGAUGGGAUCGAACCCACCCAUGCCCUCAUCGUCACCUGGGAGAAUGUGGCGGCUCAAGGUGGACCAGGAAGAGGAGAUGAGUUUCAUGAUGUGAGAAACACUUUUCAGCUUGUUGUGGCAAACAUGGAAUCAGCGACUUACGCCAUCCUGCUGUACCCUGAAGAGGGCAUGCAGUUUGUUUCCACACUUACAGAUGGUGAAGAUCAGCCGGUUCACGUUGGGUUCAAUGAGGGUUUAGUCUCUGGCUGGUUUAGUUGGUCUAAUCAAGGAACUUAUUAUCGUGUCACUGACGACACCGAGGAGUCGGUUAAUGCUUUGACACAGACUACCAACUCUGGCAGACAUGGCGUUUGGGUGUAUGAGAUUGGUACAUCACCGUUAUUCACCUCCAUCACGCCCGGCGACGUCACAGAGGUUCCCACGGAAGAGGCCGUGACAGAGCUGCCUGUUUCUGAAACGCCGGCGAUACUGAGAUACUAUGAAGUAGAGCUUGAGACCUCCGAGUCGCCCGCAUAUGACAUUACCACAAAAGAACAGCCAGAUUCAACCAUCCCCGAUCAGUCUCGAUAUAGAUAUGUGCAGCCGCGUCGACCACAAACGCCUCAACAGCCUCAGAACCCUCAGGUGCUGAUCAUCGAUGAAGAUGAUCUGAACGUUAACGUUUUUGCAUAUAAAUAUGAGACGUGUUCCAGCAACAAGCACAAGUGUUCUGCUUUCGCCGACUGCAGAGACUACGCCAACGGCUACUGCUGUCAUUGCAAGCCAGGUUACUAUGGCAACGGCAAUGAUUGUGUUGCUGAAGGUAAACCUCAGAGAAUGAACGGCAAAGUCAACGGCAGAGUCUAUGUUGGUAACGCUCCCUCUCCAGUGGAGUUCUCCAAUAAUGACCUUCAUUCGUAUGUGGUGACCAAUGACGGGCGAGCGUACAUCGCUAUCAGCAGUAUUCCGGCCAGUAUUGGACCGUCUCUGCAACCGCUGCCGCCUCUCGGAGAAGCCAUUGGAUGGGCAUUUGCCCUGGAGCAGCCCAACUAUCAGAACGGCUUUAGCAUCAUUGGUGGUGUGUUCACCCGCCAGGCCGAGGUCACCUUCCAGCCUGGCAACGAGAAGCUGACCAUCAGGCAGGAGUUCAAAGGUAUCGAUGAACACGAUCACCUGGUGAUCAGCACGGAACUGGACGGAAGGAUUCCUGAGGUGCCUCGUGGAGCCACGGUCCAAAUCGAUCCCUACAACGAGAUUUAUCAGUAUUCCAGCAACUUGAUAACAUCAUCGUCGCGGCGGGACUACACCAUUAACAUGCCUGAUGGUAACACCCACACGCGAAGCUACUUGUGGACGCAGAACAUCAAAUUCCAGAGUUGCCCACACGAAGAGGUCAUGCACUCUGUACCCUCCAGCCAACAGCUCAGCAUCGACCAAAUCUUCGUCAUGUAUGACUCCAACAACCAGCUGAUCCGCUACGCCAUGAGCAACAAAAUCGGCUCCAUUCACAGUGGAAUACCAGAACAAAAUCCGUGUUUUACUGGCCGACACGGAUGCGACACCAACGCCAUGUGCCGUCCAGGUCAAGGAAAAGAUUUCACUUGCGAAUGUGCCACUGGGUUCACUGGUAAUGGACGCGUUUGCAACGAUGUGGAUGAGUGCUCGGAAACGCCUCUUAUCUGCGGUCCGUACGCCACGUGUAACAACCAACCUGGAACUUUCCGAUGUGAAUGUUUGGAUGGUUUUGAGUUUGCCAGUGAUGGACGGACAUGUGUUGAAAUGGAUCGUCCCAUAGAUCACUGCCAGAGGGGAACACAUGACUGUGACAUUCCAGAACGCGCCAGAUGCAGCUACACGGGGGGUUCCUCGUAUGUCUGCUCGUGUCUGCCGGGGUUCGCGGGAGAUGGCCGCACCUGCCAGGAUAUUGAUGAAUGUCAACCCGGUCGUUGCCAUAGUGAUGCCAUCUGCUACAACACCCAGGGUUCUUUCUCCUGUCAGUGCCGACCAGGUUUCCAUGGCGAUGGCUUCAGCUGCACACCAGGUUCCGAUCGUGAGAAGACGGCAUGUGAGCAUCAAAGAGAUUCAGCACUGGCCACGUCCUCUUCCUCUGGUGGAUACUUUUUCUUCCGUCCACGUCCAGCCGUUGGGCAGUACGUCCCCAACUGUGAUAGCUACGGUGCUUACGAACCCACACAGUGUCAUGCCAGUGUUGGCCAGUGUUGGUGUGUGGACGGAUCUGGACAGGAAAUUCCAGGUUCCAGAACCGGACCUGGCAACAGACCCAUGUGUAUUGACUACAACGUGGCUCCGCCCAUCAUUGGCCCCACCCCAAAGCCUGACAUCAGCCCAUUGGCUCCAGGAGCUAACAUCUUAUUCGCACAGAGCGGAAAGAUCGAGCACAUCCCAUUCGACAGCAACCGAAUGAAUAAAGAUGAAGCAAAGACCAUGCUGCAUGUACCAGGUAAAGUCGUGAUCGCUGUGGCGUACGACUGCGUUGAGAAGAUGGUUUACUGGUCUGAUAUCACACAACCGGCCAUUAGCAGAGCAAACAUGCAGGGCGGCCAGACUACUGAUAUCAUCAAAACAGAUCUGGGCAGUCCUGAAGGAAUCGCGAUUGAUCACAUGUCACGGAACAUGUACUGGACUGAUUCUAUACUGGACCGAAUUGAAGUUUCAAGAUUAGACGGGCGCUUUCGACACGUCCUCUUCGACAAUGACCUCAUCAAUCCACGACCAAUCAUUGCUGACCCCAGCUAUGGACAUCUAUACUGGGCCGACUGGAACCGAGACGGACCCAAGAUUGAGCGCUCCAACAUGGACGGUACUGACAGAACAGUGCUGGUGAAAGAUGACCUGGGGCUGCCCAAUGGAUUGACCUUUGACCCCCACACCAGACAGCUCUGCUGGGCGGAUGCAGGAACUCGUAAGGUGGAGUGUAUCGAUCCGUUCUCACGCCUCAGGAGGAAAGUGACUGAAGGGAUUCAGUACCCAUUUGCCAUCGUGUCAUACGGAAGAAACCUUUACUACACCGACUGGAGAAGGGAAGCGGUGGUUGCCGUGGAUCAUCAUGAUGGGAUGGAGGUGGAGGAGUUUCUUCCUCAAAGACGGUCACGUACAUACGGCAUCACGAUCACUUACCCACAAUGCCCUCAAGGAGUGAACUAUUGCUCUCGUGAUAACGGAGGAUGUUCACACUUAUGUCUGCCGCGGCCGGGCGGAUUCACCUGCAGGUGUCCCGAUGCCAGAGACGGGUCAUGUGUGGAAGAGGGCGAGAAUUUCUGAGAGAAAGAGACUCAGAACUCACUGCAGGAUUCAUUUGUGUUCUUUAUGACAAAUCUCCGUCAUACACGUGCGGAGAGAAUCAAUAUAGAUUAAAAAGUCCAAAAAACUGUGAUGCAGCCCAUAUAUCAUCGCCAUAUCGGUAUUGGCCAAUAUUAGUUCAUUUCUUUAAACAGAAUUAUACGGUUAUCUUUUUUAUUUUUCUGUUGUACGUUAAACGUUUUGAUCCAUGAUUUUACUGAUACAUGUCGAAUUCUAGUGUGAACGUUUUUUAUUUGUUUUAAAAUCUAAUUUAUAAUAUCAGCAAUCAAAUCACUUGAAGAAGCCGUAGAAAACAUAUUAGCGUUGUUUUUUGUGUUUUGUUUUUGUAUUUGCAAGCAAGCAAAACAGUAUAGAUUUAUAAUAUUGGCAUUCAUAUUUGUUUUUGCUAAUAUAUAUAUAUAUAUAUUUCUAACAUUCCCUAUAUGUGUGCAUCCCUAAUAAAACCAAACUUUCAUUUGCACAUUCUGAAAUUCGACUGCCCAGCCGAUAGUUCAAGAAUAAAUGAAUCUUAUUCAUAUGUUUGAGUUUUUAGUCCAUCAGCUUGUGGAAGAAAGUAAUCUUACAGUCAAAAUUCAGGGAUUUAAAGUACUCAGUUACCCAGAAUGCCACAGAAAGCCGGGAAUUAAAGGAAUAUUCCGGGUUCAAUACAAGUUCAGCUCAAUCGGCAGC